UGAUUGUCCAUUUUCUCACCUGCUUUGAGCAGUGACAGAGCAGUGCAAGGGCGGCAUGUGAAGGAUCCUCACUGGUGUGUCAGUCAGCACCUACUGAAACGAACCGGGCAACUCAGAGCUGCUGUUUCAGGCUCUCUGCAGACUCAGGCAGACAUCUUCCUUUCAGCUGCACUCAGCUCACAUUUUCAACAACUGCAGCUAGCCAGUGACUUUGAAGGCAGCUGAGAUUCGAGAGCAAGAAGCCAGCUUAGGAAAGGUCCCGGAACAAGCGACCAGGGCACACUGGCCCAGUCCGAACCCCGCCAAGAACCGAGGGGCGCUAACCCUCCUCCCAGCCUUCCCGCUGGCAGGGCUCUGGCUCUCUCACUCCCCGCAGGAUGAGGACCGGGGGGCUGGCCACAGCGGCGAGCUGUGGAGAGACCCGCCGAGGAGCAGGGCUGGGACGAGGCACAGCCGACGCGCCGGCCCAGGUCGCCCCGUCCGGCUGGCUGCGCCGCCCGCAGCACUUCUCCGGAGCCGUCCCUGUCCCGCCCUGGGGGUGUCCCCGGCCUGCGGACCCGCCCAGGUACCUGGCAAAGUUGUCCUCAGUGGGGAGUAUUUCCGAGGAAGAGACCUGUGAGAAGCUGAAAGGGUUAAUCCAGCGCCAAGUGCAGAUGUGCAAGAGGAACUUGGAGGUGAUGGACUCAGUGCGCCGGGGAGCCCAGCUGGCCAUCGAGGAGUGCCAGUACCAAUUCCGUAACCGUCGCUGGAACUGCUCCACACUGGACACCCUGCCGGUCUUUGGCAAGGUAGUGACACAAGGGACACGGGAAGCAGCUUUUGUGUAUGCCAUCUCCUCCGCGGGGGUGGCCUUCGCAGUGACGCGAGCCUGCAGCAGUGGAGAGCUGGAGAAGUGUGGCUGUGAUCGGACUGUGCAUGGUGUCAGUCCUCAGGGCUUCCAGUGGUCUGGCUGUUCUGAUAACAUCGCCUACGGAGUGGCCUUCUCACAGUCUUUCGUUGAUGUCCGGGAGAGAAGCAAAGGCGCCUCCUCCAGCAGGGCGCUCAUGAAUCUCCAUAAUAAUGAGGCUGGAAGGAAGGCUAUCCUGAACAACAUGCGGGUAGAGUGCAAAUGCCAUGGUGUGUCAGGCUCGUGCGAGGUGAAGACCUGCUGGAAAGCAAUGCCUCCCUUCCGCAAAGUGGGCAACAUGUUAAAGGAGAAAUUUGAUGGGGCCACAGAAGUUGAGCAGAGGAAGAUCGGCUCCACCAAAGUCCUGGUGCCAAAAAACUCCCAGUUCAAACCACACACAGAUGAGGACCUGGUCUACCUGGACUCCAGCCCUGACUUCUGUGACCAUGACCUAAAGAAUGGGGUCCUGGGGACCAGUGGCCGGCAAUGCAACAAGACUUCCAAAGCUAUCGAUGGCUGUGAGCUUAUGUGCUGCGGGAGGGGCUUUCACACAGACGAAGUGGAGGUGGUGGAAAGGUGCAGUUGCAAGUUCCACUGGUGCUGCUUUGUCAAAUGUAAACAGUGCCACCGAGUGGUAGAAAUGCAUACGUGCCGGUGAUGCCGGGAUGGGCGCUCCCAUCAGUCCCCGCUAUAGCUGACCCUUCCUCUCCCCUGCUGGUUGCACCAGGGCUGGAGGAGGGGAUCCAGACACCUCAAGGAGAGGGUUGUGUAAAGAGACACCGAGUGCAAGAGAAAGAUAUUUAAAGUUCCAAAAGUGAUUGUUGUAUUUUCGCUUGCUUUAUUUAUUGCCGAAGCCAGAACCCUCCUGAACUGCAUGUGCUGGAAGGGUCGCACAUGCGCUCGAUGCUGCUGCUGGGCUGGGGCCAGGCAAGGGACCUUUGUGGUGCUUGCCCCCAAGUACCUGCCUCCGUCAGACGAACUCCCACGGACUGACCAAAGGAGCGUUUCGGUCCGCGUAGAUUUUAAACUGAAACGAAACUUAGCGUUAGGCACUUUUAUAUUGGUCUUUUAUAUUACAGCUACUUCAGCCUAAAAACAAACUGCCUGAGGCUCCUGGAGCCUUUGUUCUCAUAUUGGCUUGUUCUGGACCACAUGCCAGUAGAAGAGAGAGGACAGAGCCGGCGGAGCAUCCCAAGCUGCCCUGGGUGUUGCGCUAUUACCAGGAACUCUGCUGCUGAGCUGCUGGGACCAGCGGAUUCCGCAGAUCAGAGAUCUUUGUGCAGAAGUUAAAAUGUGGGGAAGGACAAAACUAGUGGUAUGGUUCCUGUUGGUAUUUCUUCCUGUUGUUCUGCGGUAGGGUUCUCCCUUUGGGUCUAAGCCACUGGAAGGGGUGAGGGGUGCUGUCCACCACAGAAGCAGGAGUCCGGAGAACAGAGACCCAACUGCACAGAAACUACUUCAUCUACGGUGGAAUCUGCUUCACCAACAGCCCCCCUGGUGCCAAUAUCCACUCUUGCUGUUCAGCUCCAGCUGCCCUGGGAGGCUGACGGCCUGUCCUCUCUUCCCAUUCCCAGCUGAUGCCUGCUGUGGUAGCAGCCUCUUACUUAGAAAUAAAAGAAAAAAUAAUCGUGCUGGUGAGUAAGUCCAUGAGUACUUCCCAGGCCCCCCACCCUCUCCAUAGCCUUCACCCACAGCAAAGCCCUGAGCCCGACCUCUCCAACACUAUUGCAAGCUUCAGUCCAGGCCUUGCAUGUUUCCUGCCACCGCCUCCCCACCCAGUCCACUGCAACCGUGGUGCCUCCUGGGCUCCUGACCUCAGAUGUAAGAGCUCCUCUGGCUGCCAGGCCAACCCACGGCCUCCACCCCACAUGUACCUGGGGCUGCCUAGAGUAAUGGUCCCUUUCAUCUUACAGCCUUUGCCUCACUGUGGG